AUGGUUGCGGCCCCCGCCGCGCCGGGCCUCGCGGUCACGUCCGUCACCGCCGAGAACUUCGAAGCGGAGCUCGACGCCAUCGCCGCCCUGCUGCAGAGGUACCCCAUCGUCGUCAUCGACACCGAGUACCCGGGCACGGUGCAUCGCCCCACCGCUGGGCGGCGCGAGUGCGACGUCACCCCGGGCGAGCGCUACGCCCUCGUCAAGGCCAACGUCGACGAGCUCCCCGCCGUGCAGCUCGGGAUCACGCUCUGCGACGCGGACGGGAACAUCCCCGUCGUCGCAGCCGGCGCCGACGGCCGCGCCUGCCAGCGCGCCUGGGAGUUCACCUUCUCCGACUUCGACCCCGUCCGCGGCCGCCAUGCCCCGGAGUCCGUGGCGUUCCUGACGUCCCAGGGUGUCGACUUCCCGGCGGCGCGCCUGCGCGGCGUGAGCUCCUCGGCGUUCGCGGCCAGGCUCGCCGCCGUCCUCGCCCAGGCGCGGCUCCGCGGCGGCCUGACGUGGGCGGCGUUCGGCGGCGCCUACGACUUUGCCUACAUGAUCAAGAUGCUCUCCGGCGGGCAGCCGCUGCCGGGGACCUGGCAGGAGUUCAUGGCUCGGGCGAGGGACCUCCUCGGCGGCGGGAUGUUCGACGCCAAGUACAUGGCGGAGCACUCCGGCCGCGCCGACCUGAUCGGCGGCGGCCUCCGGCGCGUGGCAGUCCGCCUCGGCGCGCCGCUGCUCUUCCCGGAGCCACCGUGCCUUGCCGGCCCGAAGAGCCACACCGCCUGCCACGUCUACGCGGCGAUGAGGAGGCACUUCAGGGACCUAUACCGCGGCCAUGACUACGGCGCCGUCUUCGACGGACUCAUCGACGGCUUCAAUUGA